AUGAGAUUGAAGAGAGGUAUUGACGCUCUUCGAGAUGAUGACAAUACCGAGGAGCGGCGUCGAUCUGGGUCUCCUGCAAGAGAGCUUAGCGAUUCCGAUGAUUACAUGACGAUGAGAUUCUCCCAUGAUGACGAGCAUGAUGAGACGACGACAAGAAGCAGUGAUGACAACGACGCAAACAAACCAGUGAGUGAGAUCAUGCCGCGUGGUCUAGCCAUGAUGCGCAAAAUGGGCUAUACGCCGGAUCAGGAUUCAGGUUCAGAACCAGCUCAAAAAAGAAGUCGCCUAAUUCCAAUAAUGAUGAAAUCAAAUCGAGAAGGAAUCCGUGAGAGUAGGAACUUGAAGAAGGAUCCUGAAAUGGAGAUCAACACAAAGACUUUCAAAGCUACAAUCUCAAAAGAAACUGAUUUCAAACGAAAAGAAGCCAUUUUCCAUAGAAUGCAAAAAAUAGCCUUUGAAUUGAGCCACGACGACGACUUAUUCACAUCUGAAGCCGAUCCUAGAGACUUCAACGUGCUUUGGCGUCGUUUUGUAAUAGAAUUGAAACAAAAAACUGGUAGAACACGGACCCAGCCUCGCUUGUUGUCAAGAUUGAUUGAGAAUGACGAUAAGAGAGAGCCAGAUAUCCAUGACGGUCUUGGAUCAGAAACAGAAGACGAAGAACUCAAGACUUUUGAAGAACUCACUAUAGACCAGCGUAUCCUUGGUUUGCAUACCUUUUCAAGGGUGGAAUUUUACUACUGUUUCUAUUGCGGAGUUAAAUACGCAAGCGAAGAGGACAUGUUUGAAAACUGUCCUGGUCCGUCAGAGUCUGAUCAUGUUUAA